UUCUUUUAGUCGGUUGUUGAGUUUAUUAAUCUUUAUUUUAGGUGGUUGAAAGAUUCAAACACAGCAAGAAAGUGCGUUGAAAAAACGUUAGAUAGCAAGAUAUAUAUUUGCAAACCAAAAUUGUAAAACCCGUAAACCCAUAUAUAAGAUUUAAAAAAAAACUUGAAGAUCAAGACUCUAACUUGAUAAACAAGUAAAUCUAAAGAUAUUACUUUAGGUAGUUAAGAAAGUUUACAUUAUAUAAAAGUUAUCUUAUAUUCUCGUAUCAAACACUACGCCGCUCUUCGCCUCCACAUUCACUACUAACUAAUUACCGUCUCCUUCAGCACUUGAUUCUUCGACGCUCAAGUAUAAGUAUCUGAUACACAAAUCCUCUCCUUCUAGAUAAUGGGGAACUGUCUGGCCAAACCGCCUCCGGUGGUGCUCGUUCCUCCCCUCUUUGAUUACCCUCCUCUCUCAGCUCGUAACAGGAUGUUGGAAUCAUCUUACGAUUUUCUCUUUGGGAAGCUUGCAUUGAAAUGUCUCUUUGAAGAUUACUUUGAAGUUAAAGAUGCAGAUCACUUUUCUGCAAAGUUUAUGUUGAAGCCUACUGAUGACCCUCAUGUGGACUUGGUUGCAACAGUUUCAUCCGCUGUAGAUGGUAAAGUAGAAGGAGAUGCAUCGUUUCGCUGGCAAAGUGAUGCUGAUGAUCCUCAUACUUUUGUAGACCUCUCUGUCUUAACAUCGACCACCAAUCCGGUUCUGCGGGUGAGGUCUUCUGGUUUCUGUCCUAAAUAUGGGAUUGGAGCAUUUCUAGUCUCCCCUUUGAUUUCGAAAAAGAAUGACAAGUUAUCUGACGAACAUGGAAUCAUGGGGUUGAGAUAUGCCUCAACAAAUUUGUCUCUCGGAGCUAUUGUCUCUCCUUUUACAAAGGAAGAAUGGCCAAAGAAUGCAUGGCUGGUAAGAAAGAUGGGAAGACUUACAGUAGGAGUGCAAUAUGAGCCGUUAUGUGGUAAAAUCAAAGACACCGAAAAAUAUAGAGACGUAAGGAAUUGGAGCUGUGCGGCUAGCUAUGGACUAGGUUCAAGAAGCCCCUUAAACCCUUCUUUCAACGUUGGCCUUGAAUUAACGAGGAACUCUCAGUCUAUUGCUUCGUUCUAUCAACAUUUAGUGGUCCAAAGGCAGGUGAAAAAUCCUUUUGAAGAAAACAAAGUAGUUGGAAUCACAAACUACAUUGACUUAGGUUUUGAGCUACAAACAAGGGUUAAUGAUUCCAACACAUCAAACAGUCUGUCAGAUUCUUCUCUGUAGAUGGCUGCGUCUUGGUAGGCCAAUAAGAACUUCUUGUUGAAGGGUAAAGUCGGAGCUCUAAGUUCAACAUUCACAUUAGCGUUCAAGUCGUGGUGGAACCCGUCUUUCACAUUCAAUAUUACAGCGACCAAUAAUCAUCGGACUGGAAGAACAGCAUGUAGGUUCGGUCUCCGCGUUGAUAACUUAAGGGAAGCUGGUUACCAAAGAGCUGAUCCAAACUUCGUAAUGCUGACACCAAACAAAGAACAUCUCGCUGAAGGGACUGUGUGGAAAAUGGGGGAGAGACCAAUGUUUCAAUCCGAUUUAGACGCAGAGAAUUUCAGUGAGCUCCCAAAAGAACUUAGACCGCCUCAGAAUAUUCUCUAAACUACAUAAAUCUCAGUUUUUCUUUAAUUUUGUCACAUUUCAAUGAUAUGUUGACAAACCAUAGAGUUCAACAUGGUGACCCUCUUCCGUUACGAACCUAUAAAGAAAAAGAAAGAUUUAAGAGUUUUCUAUUGGGAAGUUUACAAAAAUGAUUCAAAUUAGUCCAGUUAUUACUAGAGUAAGGCAUAAAAGUUUUAAAUUACUAAAAUACUUUUAUGGACGAAAAUAUUCUUAUUAACAGUUGUACCCAAAUACGUAUAUUACAAAAGUGUC